GUGCGCAGCCGCAGGUCCCCGGGCAGCCGCGGGUGACGCGGCCGCUUCCUCUCCUCCUCUCUGCAGGCCGCGAGGAUGUCUGCCCCCCAGAGCAGUGGCGCCCUGCUUCCGCACAUGCUGGUGGCCCUCUUUGGGAUGGGCUCCUGGGUCUCUGUUAACUCCCUCUGGGUGGAGCUUCCGGUGGUCGUGAAGAGGCUGCCAGAAGGCUGGAACCUCCCUGCCUACCUGACCGUCCUCAUUGCCCUGGGCAAUGUAGGCCCCGUGAGCGUGACCCUGAUCCAUCGCUUUGCUCCCAAGAGGAUGAAGGAGCAGUGGCUGAUCCACGCCAUCCAGGCCUUGGCCAUGGUGACAGUGGUCUUCCUCGCCCUCUUCUGGGAUCACACAGCCGUGGUAGCGGGUGAGCCACGCAGCGUGGCCUUCUUGGUGCUGGCCUUCCUGCUGGCUUUGGCGUGCUGUACCUCCAACGUCUCCUUCUUGCCCUUCAUGUACCAGUUUCCCCAGCUGUUCAUCCGCACCUUUUUUAUCGGUCAGGGCCUCGGUGCCCUCCUUCCCUGCGUACUUGCCCUGGGCCAGGGCGUGGGGCAGCUGGAGUGCCUCAACAGUACCCGAGGCAAUGCCUCCCAGCCGCACUACCUGGAGGAGAACUUCUCAGCCAGCACCUACUUCUGGCUGCUGGUUGGCCUGCUGCUCAUCUCUGCCCUUGCCUUCCUGGCACUGGUUAUCUGGCACAACCGCCGUGGUGCUCCAGAAGAGAGGACUCCUUCCGAGAGAAGCGGGGAGACGGAGGAGGCCUACCCGCUGCACAUGGGCAGCGUGCCCGUCUCGGACCGCCCUGCCGAGAAUGUCCCUGUCGGGGAUUCUGCCUCUCCCCAAACCGCUGCCUUCUGCACAGGGAGGAAUAUCUACCUGCUGGUGCUCCUGGGCGUUUCUAACGCCCUAACCAACGGAGUGCUGCCUUCCGUGCAGAGUUACUCUUGUCUACCUUACGGGAACACGGCCUACCAUCUCUCUGUCGUGUUCAGCAACAUUGCCAAUCCCGUAGCCUGUUUCUUUGCCAUGUUCUUCCUGUGUCGGUCGUCCCUGGCCCUGAGCGGCAUCUCGGCUGCAGGAUGCGUCUUUGGGGGCUACCUGAUGGUGCUGGCGGCCCUCAGCCCCUGCCCCCCGCUGCAGGGCAGCCACGUGGGAGUCGCUCUUGUGGUGACUGCUUGGAUCUUCUUCGCGGGCCUCUUUUCCUACCUGAAAGUGGUGAUCAGCAGCUUGCUGCACGAAGCCGGCCAUACGGCCCUGCUCUGGUGCGGCGGCGUCAUCCAGGCAGGCUCACUGCUGGGGGCCUUGGUCAUGUUCCCCCUCACCAGCCUCUACCACCUCUUCCAGAGCGGGCUGGACUGCGUGGACAACUGCAGGGCGUGAGCAGCGGCUGGGGCUGGACAGGGCCCCGGGUGGGCGACCCCCUGCGCCCUGCGUCCCUUUGCUCCAGCAGAGGGAAUCGGUCCAGGAUCCUCUGCCCUCUUUGCGGCUGGAGGAGAGUUGAUCUUCCUCCGGGCCCCCCACCUUGGAUCAAGCAGCAGUUCCGUUCAGGUGAAGCGGUGUUUUUCCAGGCUUCCAGGCUCCUUCCGCUGCUCUUGGGCCAAGGUGGGGGGCAGAGCAGAAGGCAUCCUCUCCGGGCCAUGCGGUGCCAGUCCAGCCUUGGCAAGGCAGCAGCCAGGUCCCUGGCCAGUUCACCCUCCUAGCACUGUCAGGCGGGACUCCGACGUUGGGCACAUCCCAGAUGCAGCUUCUGCUUUGUCCUUGCAAGGAGGGGAGCUACUUCCCCUCCCCAAGCCUUGGCAGUCAUGAGGCCUUCCGAAGGAACCGGACUGGCCCCAGUGAGCCCCCGUUUGAGGGAUCCAUGGCCCCGAGCCCCUCUGGUGCUCCCAAGGGUGGGCUGUUGGCCCCGGGGGGGGCAGGAGCUGCUGGUCAAGGUUUCUGCUCAACGCUUGGGUGAACUGUGCUGAUGGCGUGUGCUGUGAGCAGGCUGGUGCUCGAGGGUACAGAGUGCCUUGGGAACAGGCACUCUCUGGGGGUGACCCUUGCUCCCCAGGCAGAGGAGAGCAGAGGCCAGAGGAGGGCUGCGCAGCAGAACGAGGGAGUUUUGCAAACUCCGCUUCGUGCGUUAUGUGUAUCACAAGGCUGGUUUAGAUCUUUGGUUCCCCACCUCGCCCCAAAGGUGCUCCUGGAUCCAGAGAGAGAUCAAGGUUGCCCCGGACCUUCAUUUGUUUUCUUUUUUUCCCCUUUUUAAAAUCUUUUUCACUCUGUUUCUUUUUCUUUUAUGUAUAUUUUUGUACCUUUUCUUAUCUGUACUUGUAUAUUUUGGGGUGAGAAUUAAACUUGAUAAUGAAACCAAAA